AUGACCACUGCAAGUUUUGAUCAUGCUCGUAGUACCGAUCGUCGGAGUCGCAACCGAAUAAGAAAGAGAAAAACUAGUAGGAUGGAUAGAUUCAGUAAUCUCCCGAUCGAGAUCGCUCAUGAAAUUAUGUCUCGCCUCAACUUCAAAGACCUUACUAGGGUUGGCUGCGUGUCCAAAGCAUGCAGAGAGUUUUAUAUAUCGACCCCGUACUUGAAUUUUCAUGACUUUUCUGGUGUGGAUAUAUCCACUCGUCGAAAGAACAAAAAGGUUUUCAAUUCUUUGAAAAGGUUCUUCAUUCAACGUGGGGUGCAUCUUAAGAUACAAUGCUUUCGUUUUCGUUGGUGCUUUUUUGAUGACGACCAUGAUGAGGAUUUCCGAUUGCGAUUGAGGGAAUGGAUUGAAAUUGCUGUGAGGUGCAAUGUUGAAGUGCUUCAUCUUGUUGUCACUUAUAUUAGGUUUGGAGAGCUUCCUGCUUCCAUCUUACACUGUAAAUCGUUGAAAUCUCUGCUUGUGGACAUGAAGUGCACGAUUAGUGAUGUGCCCUUCAUCGAUUUUUUGUCUAAUCUCGAUUACCUGAGGUUGAAAGAUGUUUCGAUAAAGGAUGAAGAUGAUCGAUUUUUGAAGUGGAUUUCAUGUUGCUGCACUUCCAUGAAGGAAUUACUUCUUAAAGAUUGUGGAUUUUGGCAUGAGUCUGAUUUUUACCACAUCCCCGAACGCCAUGUUAACAUCUCAGGUGACAGACUGAAAAAAUUACAUUUAAAUCCACAGCUUCGGAGGAAGACAAAAAAAUGGGUCAACAUUUAUGCUCCAAACCUCAAGUGUUUGGAAUGGUUUGGGGAAUGUACGACUAGCCAAAAUCUUGGAAACUUAAUGUGCUUGGAGAAGGCUGAGAUUUCUUCGUCAAUUCCGAUCUGUAACCAUGAUAUCUUAAUUGAUUUUCUUUGUAGCAUCCGCAAGGUUAAAGUUCUUAUUCUGCAUCCAGAUAUUCUUGAGCUUCUAUGGUUAAAUAUGGACGAUCGGAAAUGGCAAGAUCUUUCAUUUAUUUCUCAAGCCAAGGAGGUAGUCAUACCAUAUGAUGAUUAUGAGCCUGAUAUUGAGCCCGCAUAUUCUAUUCUCGAACAUGCUCACGAUUUAGAGAAGAUGACCAUAUACUAUCCUCACUGUUUCGAUGCACAUGAUGACCUGACGGAUGUAUAUGAUGACCUGAUGGAGUUGAGAACAGAAGUGAUGUCGAAAGGAAUUCACUUCAACAUAAUUACGACCUCGAGGGGUAGCUCCCUACUUAGUUCGAUUCAAUCUUUGGCUGAUUUUGUUUAAUUUUCUUUGUUUACUGCUAAGACGUUUUCUAAUGCCACAUUCGCAUCAGGUCAGGAGAUUUGAAAUAUGAAAGAAUGCAUCGUAGUUGUCGUUGCGAUAAAUGUUAUGUUUUUGUCAUUGUAAAGGAUGGAUUAUUUGUUUGCUUUUCACAGCAUGGCGUCCUUGAGAUUUUGAUGUUUUCUUGUAUGUUGGCAUCAUUUCCUCACAUACA